AUGGCCGCCGAGCAAAGAAAGCUGCUCGAGCAGCUCAUGGGCCACCAGUCCACCUCGCGCGCCGCUCAACUCUCCCUCACAGAUCCCAAAGUCUGCCGGUCCUAUCUUGUAGGCACCUGUCCGCACGACCUCUUCACCAACACAAAGCAGGACCUGGGCCAGUGUCCCAAAGUGCACUCUGAACCGUUGAAAGUCGAGUACGAGGCCCUGUCGGAUCGGGAGAAGCAGAGAUAUGGAUUCGACUACGACUACAUGCGCGACCUGCAAAAGUACAUUGACGAUUGCAAUCGACGAAUCGACGCCGCGCAAAAGAGGCUCGAGAAGACGCCUGAUGAGAUCCGACAAACAAACGUUUUGCUGAAAACCAUCUCCGAGCUUGCGGCCUCAAUAGCCAACGGCCAGCUGGAAGUCGAAGUCCUCGCUUCCAUGAACGAAGUCUCCCGCGCCGUCGACGAGAAUUUCCGCAUCAAGCAGACCAUGCAGCUAAAAGUCGAAAAGGAAAAGGAGCUCAAGGCGCUUUCCGAUACGUCUGGCCCUUCUGGCCACCAGAAGCUCCAAGUGUGCGAUGUCUGUGGCGCAUAUCUAAGUAGAUUAGAUAACGAUCGCCGGCUAGCGGAUCACUUUUAUGGCAAGAUGCAUCUGGGGUAUGCGUCUAUGCGGAAGACGUACGAUGCGUUCCCGAGGGAGCUGAAGAGUAGGCAGAGACAGGGGAUGAUGGAUGGGGAUGAUGGUCCUGGAGGGGGGAUGGGAGGACCAAGGGGCCCGAGGGCUGGAGGUUAUAGGAGCGGAAGGGGAGGCAGACGGUGGUAA